AUGACUACAGGAUAUGGCUGGAAUUGUCCGCACCCUAACGUGAUUGCUGUGUUACCAGCGCCAUCGCUUGGAGAGAUGUACUGUGACAAUGGAGAAAUGGAGAAAGAGGCGGUCUUAGCAAUACUUGAUCACGUGAAUACCGCGAGGCAGAAAUUGGCUAACGGACAACAAAGAAAUGCGGGUGGAGACUGCCUGCCGCCAGCAUUUUAUGGUUUGAAAAAUCUAACUUAUAAUUGCGACUUGGAAAACGACUAUCAAAGUGAAAUUCCCGAAAACUGCUCAAACACUGACAACGACGACGGGGCUGCUGAUGCCUUCCACCAGUACAUUGAUGAUAUCGAUGAAUACCCUCUCAUUGUCACUCCAUUUAGCGUUGAGUACAAUGAUUCGAGAAUUCAGGGUUAUGCGAAGUUUAUGUCUGAGAAGGCAACGACCAUGGGCUGCAUCUGGUUUGAUUGCCCAGACCAGUAUGGUGUCGGAUGUACCACUGACUCAACGGUGCCACAGCCUGGAGAUGUCAUUUACACAGUAGCGGAAUCUUCAAUAGCAACUACAACAACAACUACUACGACAACUUCUACACCAAUGGCAACCACGACCACAACUUCCAAAUGUGUUGUGACCACAACGCCUAAAUGUGUCGUAACCACCACAUGCCGUCCGGCGAGGAACCAAGCAAGGGCUAAGCGGGAGGCAAUAGCUGGAAAUAUACAAAAGCAAACUUUCCAAAUUCCAGACUCUCAAAUUUGUCCCAACAACAAGGAAAUGACGGACACUCUCAGACUGCUGUUUUUGGAUAUGCAUAAUUACCGAAGGUUGGUCCUAUCAUUGGGAAAAUUGAAAAGAGGGGGAGAAUUUUUACCACAAGCCAAAAAUAUGAUGAGAUUGGUGUAUGAUUGCGGUUUGGAAGAGCUGGCAGUAAAAUAUGCAAAACGCUGUCCCUUGACGAGGUCACAGAAGCCUGGGAAAGGGCAUCUUGGUAAAAACUAUUACCGAUUGUCGAAAGUUGAGAAUGCAAGCUUAGUUGAUGCUGUUGUCACGGCUGUAGAUUCAUGGUGGAGAGCAGGUGAAACAACACAUCUUGGCCCGUCCGUAUUAUUCCAAAAGAGCUAUCUUCAUACUCCCAUAAAGUCGUUUACUCAGGUACCUUUGGGCAUUAGAAAUGCUUGA